AUGGACGGCCGGACGCCCAAUGGCGCAGCCGGCAUGGCUCAGAAUACUACUUCCACCAACGGCGGAAACACCGACAUCAUCUCCCAGAUCCACCAGGCCCUCGAGGUCAUACACAGUCCUUACUCCUCCAAUGAGUCCCGCCGAGACGCCCAGCUUUUCCUCGAGAACAUCAAGGGCAUAGACGAGGCCCCCUUCCACGGAUUCACCCUCGCAUCCAACAAGUCGCAGUCCCCUGUCGUGCGCCACUAUGCCCUGUCUCUACUCGAACACGCAAUCAAGCAGAAAUGGGCCGAAUACAACGAGCAGCAGUCUACCAUGCUGCGCGAAUGGGUUAUGGAGCUUUGCCGCACCUUGUCAAAGGAAGACCCGCUAUACAUCAGGAACAAGACAGCUCAGCUGUGGGUAGAAGUCGCAAAGAGAUGCUGGGGCGCCGAGUGGAUGGAUAUGGACGAGCUCUUGGUACGGAUUUGGCAGAUACCUGACUCUCCUGUCCACAAAGAGCUCGUUCUUUUCGUGCUUGAAACCCUGUCCGACGAGGUCUUCAAUGGCGACGAUGCUGUUGUUGCCAUGCGCGAAGGCGUCCUCAGCAGGAGCUGCGUCGAAGUCUUUACCCCAGCUUCGGUUCUCAGAGAGGCAUUCCCCAACAGAGUUGCAGGCCCCGAAGUGCGCUCUGGGGAGGAAGGGUGGCUAAGCAGGGUAUCCGAGUUCCUCAGUCAAUGUCUCGACGGUGACGCACCAAACAACGACCAAAUUCGCUCUUGCGCCGUGAAGUCCUUGACUGUGUUUUAUUCUCUCAUGCCAUGGGCCAUUCCAAAGUCUGUUGCCGUCGCAAACUGCGUCCCAGUCAUGUGCAGGGCUCUUGCAACUCCCGAGGUGUCCAUCCAAAAGGCCUCGCUAGAAGCUCUGCACGCGCUCUACUCCCGUUCCAAUUUCUCUGAACAAGAGUUCAAGGACCUUGUCGCACCCAUGUAUGAGGCUAGCCAAGUAGACCUCAUGAAGAGGCUCUUUGAAUGGUCUGCUGUGGAUGUGGAGGACAUAGACGAGGACAAGUAUCAAUUCGGCAAAAAGUUCUCAGAGAUGUUGUCCCUUCUCGGCAACUACCUCGACCGGCGGUUCUCUGCCAUAUCUACGAACUCGGAUGUCAGCGGUUUCCUCAACCUGCUGUUACUUACCGUUCAGAGCCAAAGUCUCAUCAUCGCGAUUCCAGUCUUGGCAACCUGGACACGCCUCCUCAACAACAGGCUAAUUGGCCAGAGCCCAGCCAACAGUCAUCUCGUUGGGCCUCUUCUUGAAGUAUGCGGCUCUCGCUUGAUCCGCUACGAGAACUUGCCCGAAGACACCCAAGACCAGACCUUCAUGUUCCUCAUGGAGGAUACUGAUACCGUUCCCGAGCGUCACGCGUUUCUCGGCAACUACCGAAGAUACAGCACUCAAGUCAUUGAGACCAUCGUCCAGCUCAAGCUAUCCGACGCAGUAUACCACGUUCUCGGUCAGGCGGAACACGUUUUGCAGCAUCUGUAUGACGAGAGCCCGCCAAUGGAUGUCAUCGAAGCUGCACUCAAAGGCUACAUGAAAUGGAGAGCAAGCACCACUCAGCAGAGCUUACCAGAUUACGAGCAACAGCGUGCUGCAUUAGAGAGGGAUUUGGAGUCGUGGUGCACCAAACUUCUCGAGAUGAAGUUCGAGGAUCCUCUGAUUCGAAAGAGAGUUUUACAGCUGUUGGUCGCCUUCUCAACAACUGCACUUGACAAAAACCCAGGUUUCAUGCUCAAGGUUCUCGAGCACAUUUUGAUGACCUGGCCGGCGCCCCAGCCGGAACAUCGUGCUUUCAAUGAAGCGAUCAAGGACUUCCAGUCUGAAAGCAUGGUAGAGCUGCAGAGGCUAGCCUCCAAGGUUCCUGACCACUUGCUCGCAGUUUAUGACCAAAUUGAGGCAAAGGUCAACGACAUGAUCUCGUCUGGUACUCUGGACGAGAAACGCCAAAUCGCUUAUCAAAGCUUCCUUUUCAUCAUCAUCCACCGAGCAUCCAACAUCGACCCGGCCAAACAGGUUGAACGACUCCAGCAGUUCAUCAAGCCUGUGACAUCGGCAUGGCAGAACCAAGAGCUGAAGAAUGCAUUGUCAUCUUACUCUGGCUUUUGUGAAUUGAUGGCCUUGGACAAGGCGAAGAGGUAUCUGAUGAGCCAUCGCGUACAUGAAGUCAAGGAAUGGGGUUCCUGCGAGUUGGAUGCGGAGGGUUUGGCUCUGCAGGCCGAAUUGGAGGAAAGGCAAAAGAUGUUGCCGCUCCGCCCUACCAAGUCUUUCUUAUCAUUCUCUGUCGAGAAGCUUGAGAAGACGUCAACUCCGUUCCAGAUCUCGUACCAGCUGUGGAAUGAUAGCUUUCCGCUGAUCCUUCCGGACCUUUUACAGUUCCUCAGCCACGCCCACGCCUCGCACAACCCGGAUAACUGGACAGAACUGCCUAACGAGAUGAAGUCUGUUGUUGGCAAUGUGCUUAGCGACCGUUUUUGGCAAGCAGGCAUUUCGGAGGGCAGCAAAGAUGAGUUCUAUGCAAGGGUCAUGGAUAAGAAGAACACACUCGAAGGCCUUGCUUCGACGAUCCGCGGAACCGUAAGGUUUGUUAGGGAAACUUGCUACGCGAUCAUCUAUUGCAUGAGUCGUUUGGAGAUGCAGUUUUACGGCUUCAGCGAGCUGCCCGGUCCGCUUGCGCAAGCACUCUUCCAAAACUCGUUCCAUCUGUCAGCACAUCAGCAAAUUAACCUGCUCAACCUCGUCAGGUAUCUUGUGGAUGACUGUCCCCUUGAGCAGCGAGAGCAUUUCCUACCUCCACUUUUAGCUGCCUGUUUCCAGCAAAUGGACGCCAAGAUCAAUGCCGAAUGGGAGAACUUGGAACGUCAGCAGGCGAUACAGGCAGCUGCUGAUGCUCUGACCGAGGAAAUGAAGUCGGAGAGUAUCUUGCGCCAAGUCACCUAUACCGCAGUCAUUAUGGUGGCGGAUUUCUUGGACCCUACGAAAAGGAACCCCCCGCCAUUGAGAUCUCAGAACGGUCAAGAGCAAUUACGAAAGUAUCCAUCACUUAGGAAGUUUUGCCUGAUGCAGUCGACCGUAGUCGAGCCACUGCUCCUCUUCUGCACGCACGCCAUCCGCAUGCGAGACACUCGUUGCUGCAGCAUAAUUCUGCGAGUGUUCCGUUCCAUCGUCCCAGACUUCACCGUGGCUGAGCCACUGUCGCCGAAAUCUCUGCCCCAGGAUGGUGCUGAGGUGGCAUCAUCUAGCAGGGACCCUUACCUCGAUACCACGCCGGUAUCUGCGGAAGCAGCUACCGCCAUUAGGGAAUACAUUGCCUCGGACGUGCUCCGGGCUUGCAUUACCUCCUUCCAUGAGCCUUACUUUGUGGAUUUACAAAAGGACUUGGCGUCUCUGAUCGCUGCUAUAGUGGUUUACUAUAGCCCUGUCACGAGCACCCCACGCGACAUUCUCAUGUCUCUGCCAAACAUCAGGCAAGCAGACCUUGACAGACUCAAUGACUUUGUGGCUAAGCCAGCCUCACACACGCGGCAGCAGAGAGCACUUGUGCUCGACCUGCUCAAGGACCUCAAAGGAGUUAGUAUUGCGGAGAUGGGAAAGCUCCCCAAGAACAGCGGCUUUGGACGCGGCAAGAGAUCCAAUCGUAGCAAGAUGGCUCAGGAGUUCAUGACACCGGCCAACGAGUCGAGAACACGGGGCGGUGGGGUUGCUGAUGGGGGGCGUGCCACACCAGAUGCCUUGGAGGGAGUGGCCGGCCUUUUUGAGGGCUGA